GCACAAAGGAAGGGUCGGGCGCUUCUGGUUCGCUGAGCUAGUGUCCUCCCCAAGCUAUUAGUCAACAGAAACGUCCGUCAACUUUCGAGUUCCAAUCGAUAUGUCCAAUCGGGUAGGUCGGGGCUCCGAUGGCAAAGUAAUGCAAUGCUUUGCACAGCGCGGCGAUUACCAUGCGCCUCGGGAGCUGAAAGCAAGCUAAACCGACACACUAUUACUACUAAUAACAAUAAAUUUAGCAGUUUACAGCGAUAUGUGUUUAAGCUGAAGGCGGGACGUGCAGUACUAGUCUAGAACGACGCGGAAUAAACCCCUAUCACAAAUCGGCAGCUAUCGCUUGGCGCUUCUGGGGAAACUUCACAUUUAAACAGCCUCAGGGAGCGAUGUUAGCUGUGGACGACAAACGCUUGUUCUGUGAAAGGUGUCAGCUGUAUUUCAGUGACUCCUGUCCUGCCCAUGGCCCCCCCCACUUUAUCAAAGACAGUGCGGUUUUGGAGGGGGUGGGGGACAGGGCGGUGCUGUCCCUGCCGCAGUGCCUGGUGCUGGUGGAGAGGUCCCAGGACCCCAUGGGGGCGGUGGGUGUGUUCUCACAGUCCCACCUGUCCCAGGGCUCGAUUUUUGGACCCUAUGAAGGAGAGGGGCUUCUGAGCCGCCAAGCCUGCACCAAGUACUCUUGGGCGAUUAAAGAUAAGGGUUUCUUCUUCUACGUUGACGGGUCCGACGAAUCAAAAGCCAACUGGAUGAGGUACGUGGCGUGUGCGUCCAGCGAGACGGAGCAGAACCUGACCGUGUUCCAGUACCACGGGCGGAUCUACUACCGCGUCUCCAAGGAGACGCCGGCGGGGGUGGAGCUGCGGGUGUGGAUCGGCCGGGAGUACGGUACCAUGCUGGGCCUUCAGCUGGGUGACCACGUGCGGUUUGCGUUUGGGGAGAAGGAGGCGCUGAUGAAGACCUUUCAGGACGUGCAGAUGGUCUCCGUGGGCGACGGGGGCGAGCAGCCGGCCAGCCCGCCCCUGGCCAUCGGCGCGGUGUACAGCGAGGUGAAGACCGAGGACCGCUCACCCUCCGGCCACGGGACCCCCACCGUGUCCUCCACCAACCCGCCGCCCCCCGUGCCACGCCCAGACUCCUCCCUGGCCCCCGCCCGCCCCGCCCUCAAGUUCAACUUCGUGAAGGGGUCGGAGAGCCUGGUGAGCCUGAGCCGGGCCCAGAGCCGCUACUGGACCUUCUUCGGGUUCGAGGCCAACUGCUUCGGCCAGUUCCUGGACAAGACCAAGAUCAUCUGCAAGCUGUGCGGCGGGCGUCUGGCGUACAGCGGGAACACCACCAACCUGCGGCAGCACCUCAUCUACAAGCACCGCCGCGAGUUCAACCAGCUGAUGGACUCGGGCGUGGCCGGGAUCCUCCCCGGCCCCUCCCCCGCAGCAGGCGUCAUCCCGAAGCUGGCCCCGCCCCCCGCCCCACCCGCCGGCCUGCCCGCUCCCAGACUGCACCGGGGCGGGGAGGGCAGCGCCAGCGUGAGCAGCAGCGUGACUAACAGGGUGUCCCCCGCCCCCCCCGCUGCGCUGCCGGCAGCCACGCCCCCCCCGGUCUCAGCGGCGCAGGCCGCCGCCGCCAUCGCAGACUUCCUGGUGCAGGACCUGCUGCCCCCCGAAACGGUGGAGGGGAAGGGGUUCCGCCUGCUCCUCAGCACCCUGCUGCCCUCCUACAAGCUGCCCUCCGCCCAGGCCCUGGCACAGGAGCUGCUGGGCGGAGCUUACCGGCAGGGCAGGGCAAAGUGGGCGGGGCUACUGCGGGAGGCCGUGAGGGGGGCGGGGCCCGCGGAGAAGUCCCCAGUCAUCACGCUCUCCCCGGAUGAAGCGAGUCGGGACUCCGACUGCAGCGCUGACCUUUCACCCCUGGCGGGCCCCGCCCCCGGGCCCAAGGAGGGCGGGGCCCGGUCGCCCGUGGCGUUGAGCGGCGAGGUGUGGUGGCACGGCUGGAGGGGCGGGGCCAGUUACGUCACGCUCUCCGCCCACUUCGUGGACGAGGACUUCAGGCAGCACAGCCUGACCCUGUCGUCACGGCGACUGGGGGAGGCAAGCGUAGAAGCCCGGGUUCGAGAGAUGGCCCGGGAGUGGGGUGUUGCCACGCCCAGCUUCAUUCUGCUGGGGGGCGAGGAGGGGAACGCCAGCUCUCUGUACCCAAACUUUCCCACCGCUGCACGAAGAGGCGCACCUGCCCCCCCAGAGCAGAGCUCCAGUCUGGCUCCCGAACACGCCCCCCGCCCCCCCAGCCCCCCCCGCCCUGCUUCCUCCUCAGGCCCGUCCGCCCCACUCCGCCCUGUCCCCUGCUGGCCGCCGGUCUCCUGCGUGCUGGGCGUCCUGAGGGACUGCAUGCAGCGCGUUCUGCAGCUCCCCGACGUGCAGCGCGCCCUCAGCCGCUGUCAGGCCCUUCUCUCCCGGCUCCUCCCUUUCGCCACCACGCCUGACCCCGCCCUCUCGGAUCCCGGCCCCGCCCCCUCCCCGGCCCCGCCCCCAGGCGUGGUGGAGCUGCUGGCGGACCCCGCCCUGAAGGCCGUGCUCAGGUGGUGGGGGCGGGAUGGCCUGAGCUGGAGCUCGCUGUACUCGGGGGUGCAGACUCUGUCUGACUCCCAGCAGGCUCUCGCCCGCGUCCAGCAGAAAAUGUCUGCCAGCAGCAGUGACCCCGCCCCCCAGCAGCCUGCCGACGCUGACCCCGCCCCCCAGCAGCCUGCCAACGCUGACCCCGCCCCCCAGCAGCAUCAUGCCGACGCUGACCCCGCCCCCCAGCAGCCUGCUGCUGGCCUCCCGGAGCCCUGUGAUUGGUCGUUGCUACGGGAACUGUGUGGCGUGCUGAAGCCGCUGGACGUGGCCUGCAGCACCCUGGCUCGGGAGCAGUUCCCCCGCCUGUCGCUGGUCAAACCGGUCCUGACCAGUCUGCUGUCCCGCCACUUUGCGCCCUGUCCCGCUGACUCCCCCUUCAGGCGGGAGGCCAAGCGGGCGGUACGGGACGGCCUGGCGGAGCGCUACAGCGACCCGCGGCUCAGCCCCGCCCUCAGCCUGGCCUGCGCGCUGGACCCCCGCUUCCGCGGCCUGGAGUUCCUGGAGGCGGGGGAGCGGGCGGAGACCCUGCGCUGGCUGAAGGAGGAGGCCCUGGAGCUGGCCCAGGAGGCCCAGCCGGCGGAGCGGGACGGGGGCCACAAGCGCGGGUCCAAACGCACCAGGGCCGGCGCUCUCACCAGGAGCAGGAAACGGGCGCAGGGAAGGGCAGAACCCGGGGCAGCCAGCAGGGGGCGCUCCGGCCCGGAGCAGAAAGAGCCUGCAGCCACCAUCAUCCUGGACAACGAUGAGGAGGAAGAUGAAGACGAUGGUGUGAGGGAGCGUAAGAUGGAGGCGCAGUCCUCCGGGCCGGCCCCCAGAGAGCAGGGGCUCUCGGACAUGGAGUUCCUGCUGGGGGGGCUGUGCUCCGCCCGGCCCCAGACCCCCCAGCGGUCCCGGGCUCAGCAGCUCGAGCGGGAGCUGGCCAUCUUCUGGGCGGAGCCUGCGGCGGAACUGGGGGAGGAGCCUCUGCAGUGGUGGCGAGAGAGGGUGGGGCAGCUGCCCCUCCUGGCCCGGGCCGCCCGCGUUUACCUGGCUGCCCCCGCCAUCGCAGGCCAUGCCCCCCGCCGACUGGCACAGGGCAUGGAGGAGGGAGGGGCCAUGUUCCACAAGAGAGCCAAUAUCCCCCCCGAGUUCCUGGACCAGUUGCUGUUCCUGCACCACAACCGCCUGAGCGUUACCGCUAACCAGAACACAACCGCCUGA